UCAGAUUCUGUACGUUUGCAAAUUACUGUUGUCAUUUUUUAAGAGUCAAUCACAUCGAGAAAUAUUAUUGGAAAUAAAUAAUUGCAUUAUUUCUCACGUUUUUUUGGCCGGUCAAUAUUAAUCGUACGAUAGCCUGUCAGUUUAGUACUAUAAAUCAGGUCAAUGAGGCAGUAGCAUAAGCUCAUAUUGGGACACAAUGUAUCAGCCGCUAGAUAACGACAGGAGAACAUUGUUUUCCAAGUAUAUGAGGAUACUGGUCGUGGUUGCCGCCUAUUGGGUAAUUUCAAUACUGACAGUAUUUGUCAACAAAGCGCUGCUCAGUGGUUUGAACCUCGAGGCGCCUCUGUUUGUAACAUGGUUCCAAGUUUUGAUUUCCUCAACAAUUUGCUUUGUGAUGACGAUGUUAAGCAAAAAAUACCCAAAGGUAAUAAAUGUUCCUGUUGGGAAUCCUUUCGAUGGAUCUACUUUUCGGAAAGUUGUACCGUUAUCCCUACUUUUCACUGCCAUGAUUGCCACGAACAAUCUCUGCUUAAAGUACGUUGGUGUGGCAUUCUACUACAUAGGACGAUCAUUGACCACGGUGUUCAACGUUGCACUAACGUACUUCUUACUCGGAGAAAAAACUAGUAGCAAAGCUGUUCUUUGCUGUGUGCUUAUCGUAUCUGGCUUCUGGAUAGGAGUUGAUCAGGAAAGCUUGACUGAAUCGUUUUCGCUUAUCGGAACGAUUUUCGGAGUGCUCGGUUCUUUCAGUCUUUCGCUGUACUCGAUAUACACAAAAAGGACACUUCAGCAUGUGAAUCAGGAAGUGUGGCUAUUAAGCUACUACAACAACGUUUAUUCAGCCGUUAUCUUCAUCCCGCUGAUGCUGAUCAAUGGAGAGCUUCCAGUUAUCAUGGAUUAUGAGCACUUGACAGAACUGUGGUUCUGGGGCGCUAUGACCAUCGGUGGCGUAUGCGGAUUUGCUAUAGGAUUCGUUACUGCUCUUCAGAUCAAGGUAACUUCCCCCUUGACACAUAACAUCUCAGGAACGGCAAAAGCAUGUGCUCAGACUGUGAUGGCGACCUCGUGGUAUAACGAGACCAAAUCAUUUCUCUGGUGGACAUCCAAUAUGGUGGUCCUACUGGGAAGCGCACUUUACACCCGGGUAAAGCAGCUGGAGAUGGACCAACGACAUCGAACGCAGAUUAGCAGUCAAAAGAUUGGGAUCUAAAAGGAUGCAUUUUGAAUUUUUAUUCGAAAAAUACCAGUUGAAGGGUUUAACCAUUCCUUUCAAAUAUGAAUUUUUUUCGCAUAUGGGAUGUAGAUUCAGAACAACUUAAAUAUAUUAUUAUAUUUCUAUUUUAACAUUACAGUAUGUAGUAAUAAAUAUGAUUCUAAUCGAAGCCACCUGAGGAAAGAUGAUCUCAAA